CGUUUAGUUCGCUUUUGAAUUUCUCGCGCAGCGGUUGUGGCAACAAGGGCCCGCUGAACAAACCGGUUUCGAACUCUUCCCACUGAUUUUCGAAAACGUGAUAGAAAACCAAUUAACCCUUUAUUUGAAAUAAAAAAGGGUGUCAGUUAUUAGCAUAAAAAUAAAAGCACAAGUGCAGUUUCGCCAGCGCCAACCGAAUUGAAGAGUUCCGGACAAGCGGACAAGCGAUCUAAUCAUGCUGGGCACUUUGCUGUGGCUCUUUUUCAUCGGCCUGCUGGUGUGCGCGUUCCUUUUCUCAAAAACCACCAAGGAGUUUCCCAAGUCAUGGUUCGAAUGGAAGACAGAGUUCCGGUACCAGUAUCUGGGCAUCGUGGGUCUCGUCCACGACGCUCAGUAUGCGGCGCGGGAUCGAGUGGCACUUUAUAAACAACCGGAUCGCAUUGCUGUCAUCACGGGAGGCAAUCGCGGCAUCGGACUGCGGAUCGUGGAGAAGCUGCUGGCCUGCGACAUGACUGUCGUCAUGGGUGUUCGUGAUCCCCGAAGCGCUGAGUCCGCCGUAGCAUCUAUAGUGGACCUAAAGGCUUCCAAGGGCAAGCUCAUCUGCGAGCAACUGGACGUCGGAGACCUCAAGUCGGUGAAGGCCUUUGCCCAGCUCAUCAAGGAGCGGUACUCGAAGGUGGACUUGCUGCUGAACAAUGCUGGCAUCAUGUUCGCGCCAUUUAAGCUCACCGCCGAUGGCUACGAGUCGCACUUUGCCACCAACUUCCUGGGACACUUCCUGCUCACCCACCUGCUCCUGCCGCAGUUGAGGUUGGCUGGCAGGGAGGGAAAGAAUGCCAGGAUCGUCAAUGUCAGCUCCUGCGUGAAUCUCAUUGGACGCAUUAACUACAAGGACAUCAACGGAACGAAACACUAUUACCCAGGAACCGCGUAUAGCCAGUCGAAGCUUGCCCAGAUUCUGUUCACCCGCCAUCUGCAAACGCUGCUGGAUGCCGAUAAGUCGCACGUCCAGGUCAACGUGGUGCAUCCGGGCAUUGUGGACACGGACCUGUUCGAGCACUCGGCCACCACGUCGGUGCCCAUCUUCAAGAAGCUCUUCUUCAAGACCCCGGAGCGGGGCUCCCGGACAGUGGUCUUCGCGGCCAUCGAUCCGUCGGUCGAGGGUCAGGGCGGCACCUAUCUGAGCAACGGCGGCAAGGGUCCCUUCCAUCCCGAUGCCAAGAAGCCGGCCAAGUGUGAGCAGCUCUUCCAGUUCUCCUGCGAUCUGCUCAAGAUUCAGCAGUACGGAAACGGUGAAUUCUAAUUGAAUUCCAACACACCUUCCUCCUCUCACAUUCCUCCCUCUCCCCUCGAUGGUGCAACGUACUCUUCUAGAUUCCGUCAGUUUUUUUUUGUAAAUCGAAUUCUUGUAUGGCUUUGUAUAAAACUCAUUUUUAUAUAGAAA